AUGACGCAGCUCCAGCGGACCCUGGUGGCGAGCGAGCUUGCUACCUGUGUCUUCGGGCAAUCAUGGGCGCUAUGCAAGCUCUCAGAGUCACUUACGAAGGUUGGCAAAGCUGAAAUCAUGACAAGCGCCAUCGAUUACGUGAACCAGGCGGAGCUCCAGAUUCGGUGGAUAACCCAUGAGAUCGAGACCUUGCAGAAUCGAGUGCUGCACCUUCAAACGCUUCUCCCAUGUGAAUAG